AUGCAGCCACCGCGCAUUGUGAUUCCAGCGCCAGUCACCAGCAGUGGCAAUAACAGUAACAUUAACAAUGGCAAUGGCAAUAGCAGUGGCAGUAUGGGAGCAGCAGUGGUUGCCGGGACGCCCACGCCGAUUGCCGCGCCGGUGGCCGCUCCCGCCUUCCCACCGCCGUUGGCCACCAACAUCACAAGCAGUACUACUGCGACCGUCAAUGUCAAUAGUGCCAACGUCGGGGCGCUCGCUGCCAAUGCGGACGAGUCGCUGACACGAAGCAACACGCUGAUCGAUCUCUCGUCCCACGACGACGCUCACAAUGACAGCCUCACUCAAACCGACCAUCAUGAUAAAGAUGAUGAUGACGAUGACGAUGAUGUCGGCAGGGGCGGUGGCGGGCUCUUCACGCUGGGCUCGUCCACCACGUCCGCCAGCCACACCGACGCAGUUCGCUCCAGCAGCCACCCCGCCGAAGUCCCGCCAAGCGAUGGCUCGUGCUGGUUCUGGGCAAUGUCAAGCGAAUUGCUAGUGCGCCUGUUUGGCUAUUGCGACGUCACAUCGCUCAACAGCUUGGCUUUGACUUGCAAAGGCUUGUACCAACUCUGUCGUGACACACACUUGUGGAAAUCCGUCUACUUUCGACAUUAUGGCCCGACCAUCGACUCGCCGAGCUUUUGCUGCUCAUCGGUGCUGGGCGAAACUCCGACGCCGUUGGAUCCGUGGUGGCAAUCGCGGGCGGAAUACACGCCGGCCGAUGUCGACUGGCGACGCCAGCUCGCAGUGGUCGAGCGCACCUUGCAGGGCUGGUCGGAGGGCCAUUUCAGCGUCUCGCGCAUUUCCCGUCACAAGGAUUUCGUGCGGUGUGUCGUGGGCCAGUUUGAGCGUGGCUUGAUGCUCACUUGCGCCGGCAGCGUCAAGAAGCGCGAGUGCGCCGUGGGUCUCUGGGACGUCGAGACAACAGUGUGCAAAAAGUACUUUCGCGCAAACCACACGGGUCCGAUUUGGUGCAUUUGCAUUGUCAACGGCAUCAUGGUAACGGGCAGCGACGACUCCUCCAUCAAAGUCUGGGACAUUAGCGCCAUCACGGAGAGCGAGGACGAGAAUGCCACGCGUCGCUCAAGAACGAACAGCAUUACCAGUACACAUAGCACGAGUCUACCGGCGGAUGAUCAUUGGUAUGCCCCGACCAGCGACCAUGCCUCCUCAGCCACUAUUACCACUGCCGCUGCUGCUGCUGCUUCCGCGGCCGCUGCCGCUGCCGCCGCUGCAUCAACAGGAGCGGCCGGCGAUGAGCCUGCAGCCGAGCCACCGGUAUUGGACGAAGAGGAUGCCCCAGAGACGGCCGAUGUCCCGCUUUUCACGCUCGAGGGCCAUCGAAGCAGUGUGACUUGCCUGCAGUUGAUGGAAGACGGUCGAACGCUCGUUACAGGCUCCCGAGAUCGUACAAUCAAGGUCUGGGAUGUGAUGACGGGCCAAAUUCGCUUUUCCAUCAAUCUUGUCGGCCGAGUGACCUGCUUGCAGUGCUCUCGUAACCGUAUCGUCGUCACAACCAAUUGCGGCGAGAUCAAAAUGUUUGAUUUGAACGACGGAUACUUGCUGGCCGAUAUCCCGCAUCCAGUGCGACCAGACGCCAUCACUGACAUUACCUGCCUGUCCUAUGUGAAUGGCACCAUUGCAAUCGGCAUGGACGACUACACGAUUGGCGUUUGGCACUCUGAGGAGGUUGGCGGAACCGAGGAAGAGCCCGAUUCGGACGAGGAGUUUGACCCCACGCUCGUCGCGGGUGACGGCGUUGCCGCCGUUGUAGCCGAGGAAGUGGCUCGUCGGCGCGAGGAGCUGGUCGAUGUCAACAUGUUGAACGACUUGGGGGAAGAUGAUCAUCUCACAUCCCAAAACACCGCCGCGAACUCUGCCGAGUCCGCCACAUCAACAGCAGCAUCCGCAGCAGCAGCGGCAGCAGCAGCAGCCUCCAACGGCACCGUGCCCAUGGCCAUCCCGACGUCCCGCGUGGAGGCAUCGGCUACUCAGACCUCGUCGUCGUCUUCGGCACCAAACUCGCCCCACCCUUCCGGCCUGCGAGCCCGCUUGGCGGACCAGCUGAGUCGCGAUCGUGAGCGAAGCCGGAGUCGCAGUCGCAGCCGGAGCCGAUCGCGCAGCCGCAGCGUGCACGGGUUUGAUGGCCUCGGCGGCGACAACACGCCUUGUGUUGUUGUGCGCCACCUGCACGCGCUUCGCGGUCAUCGCGGCGGCAUCUGCUGCCUCCAAAUGGACGGCUACACGCUCAUGUCUGGCGGCAUGGACGGUCAAAUGAUUGCCUGGGACCUUGCCACUGGCGACCAGGUGCGUCAAUUUGCCUUCCACAACAAUGCAGUCACGAGUAUUCAGUUUGAUCGCAUCAUGGACAUUGCUGCCUCGGGCUCUUGGGAUGGUACCGUCAAGGUGUGGCGCUUUAGCACGGGCGACUGCUUGCAUACCAUUCGAGUGCAUUCGGAUCGAGUUUGGGCCAUUCACUAUGAUCUCACGCACAUGCUGACCAUCUCACCUUAUGCUGCAAGGCUACAAGGCGGAGACGGCAAUGACAACAGCAGCAGCAGCAGCAGCAGCAGCAGCAGCAGCAGCAGCAGCAGCACUGCAGCACCGGCGCCCAGCACUGCAGACGAAGCAGGGCUGGUUGUCCCUGACGAUGAUCCCGACGAUGUGUUUGAGCCGCCCAACCCCCAUCCACCACCACCGCCGCCCUCCGUGUUUGGUUCACAUUUGAUCAAAUGUCCCCGGUGCAACGGCGCACAGUAUUGCUCCAUGUGGUGUCUUGUUGAGGAUGCUUCAAGCCACGAGCACACCUGUCGCACCAUUGUCGAAGCUCAAAGCCUGUGA